UGACACAGCGACCACAGCGUAGGUACCUACAAUUUUGAAUUUUGCUAUGAAGUAUGAAGCGCCGUAGAUAAACAAAUAUGUGUAACCUAAAAUUAGGACAUUGAAUCUAAAUAAAUAGGAUAAUUUGAAUGAAAUUUAGCGUUUUAAUAAAACGAUCAUAAAAUUAUAUUCAAAAUGGUUACCAUACGUUGUCGUGUCAAAUGGCGAGAGAUAUAUCAGAGAGUCAGAGACUAUAUCGUUUGGAAGUAUCAGCAGAUUUUAUUAACGUUUCAUUCGCUCUCCUACAAUGCACACAUGAGCCGUAGUUAUGCAGUAGAUUGUCUCCUUGAACCUAUAUUUUGGUUUGUGGAUAAUUUUUCUGGAAGUUUGGGAAAGGUCUUUGUAUUCUGUGUGACAGUACUCACAAGUGCUGUAGUAGCGAUUGCUUACUGGAUUGGUUUACCGUACUGGUGGCAUCGGAAUCCUUACUUAACGGUGUUUCUUGUGAUUUUCGGUAACUGGCUUCUAUUAAAUAUAGUCUUCCAUUACUAUAUGGCUGUGACAACCUCACCUGGACAACCACCUCAUGGUGCAAUGUUAGUAGAAGCAGCUGGUAUAUGCAAGAAGUGUAUAUCCCCAAAGCCUCCACGGACACACCACUGUUCUGUCUGCGAUAAGUGCAUACUGGCUAUGGACCAUCACUGCCCGUGGCUGAACAAUUGUGUGGGCUACUUCAAUGCUAGAUACUUCUACCUGUACAUGGCAUAUAUGGUCGCAGGUGUGACAUUUGUUAUAGUGUUUGGGCUGGAUAUUGGAUAUGUGGUUAUUUGGAUUAACGAUCCAGAUGCAGUGACAUUAAAAGAUGAGCCAGAACUAAUUGGCCACCCGCUACGGCUGAACCAAAGCGGGGUUCUCGUCCCGGUUAAGGAUAUCCUGGAAUACGACUCUGAAAACUCCCCACGAGAACACAUCCUACCAACACCACUAAUAACAGAAGCUCAACUCAUAUCAGCGGACCCGUGGAAACGAAAAGCCGUAAUUUUCGUGGCUGUGGCUUGUAUCGCAGUCUUCAUAGCUCUGGGAGCACUUGUCGUAAUGCACACGAAAAACAUAGGCAAAGGAGAAACCAGUAUCGAGGCGCACAUCAACGCUGCCAUGCGGAAACAAAAUCCAAACUUCAGGAACCCAUACAAUUUGGGAAAGAAAAAGAAUUGGAGGAUAUUCCUGGGCUUGACUCAAGGAAGGACUUUUAUAAAGCACGUCUUGUUCCCAUCAAGGCACACUCCAGUUGGCUCAGGAUUGACAUGGCAUGCUAAAAGCGAUUUAGAAGACUGGCCGUAAAUUAUUGUUAUAGUAUUUACUUUUUGGGUAUUUGUAUUAUUUUGUCUCUACUCUCUUAUUUAAUGUACAGUGUCUACACGUGUUUAUCUCAGUCAUAGUUAUAUUUAGGUAUAAGACUGACAAUCUAUAUUAUUAUUUAUUAUAUUAAGGUGUUAGCCUUGUUAAUGCAACCUGGAAGUUAAUUUGAAGGGUUUGUAAACCAGGAGUUAUGUACCAAUUAAGUACCAGGUAUAUGUAACCAUUAUUCUUCGAAUAAUGCUUAGUUUUAAAAUAUUUGCCUCGUGUCAUUUAAUAUACAAUUGAUAUAAAUUAAGGUUAGGUACUUGGUAUUUGUACUGAUAGUAUAGACUUAGGUCAACUUUUAUAAUUAUUUUAUUAAUAAUUUUUUAAUAAGUAAUAUUGUACAUAGAAAACGACAACAAAGACAUAAAAUAAGCAAUAAAACAUAGAGAAUUGUAUAAAUCUUCCGAGCCUGUUGAUCUCUUCCUUAAAAUAUAAUAUAUAAGCGAAAUAAAACAAUAGACGAUU